AUGAUAUUAUCAGCCAUUCUGAAAAGAACCAAGAGAAAUAGUAAUAUGUCGACACGGUGGAUUGUAGAUCUUCCCUCUAUGUCUCCUGAUAAUCCCAGCAGUGUAAACUUGCCCUGA